GGCCCAUAAAUCUAGUAAGGACCCAAAACAACAAUAAACCCUGCGAAAUUCGCCGCGGCUGCAGUCGCCGACGGCAGAAAUGGGGAAGAAGAACAAGAGAAGUCAUGACGAGCCUGAGCUGGAACCGGAGUCUAAGCUAACAGCAGGAAUCGACGGAGACUUUGAAAAGAAGAAGAAGAAGAAGAAGAGAAGCCAUGACGAUCCGGAGAUGGGUCCGGAGCAAAAGGUGAGUCUCGACGGAGAUGCGAAGAAAGAGAAGAAGAAGAAAAAGAAAAAGAUAAGCCAAGAGGAGCUUGAGCCUGAGCCGGAGCAAACUAAAAUCCAAGAGGAGGAAAAGAGUAAUGAAGAAGCGAAGAGUAACCACGGCAGACCCACUGUUAGCCUAGCCAUAGCUGGUUCCAUCAUCAACAACACUCAAUCACUCGAGCUCGCCACACGCCUCGCCGGCCAAAUUGCUCGUGCAGCCACGAUUUUUAGAAUCGACGAGAUUGUAGUGUUCGACAAUAAGAGCAGCUCAGAAAUCGACUCCGCUGUUACGAAUUCUUCUGAUAGCAAUGAAAGUGGUGCCUCCUUUCUCGUUCGUAUCCUGAAGUAUCUAGAGACACCACAAUAUUUGAGGAAAUCUCUCUUCCCCAAGCAAAAUGAUCUUAGAUAUGUGGGUAUGUUGCCACCUCUUGAUGCUCCACACCAUCUGCGUAAGCACGAGUGGGAACAAUACCGUGAAGGUGUGACGAUGAAUGAAAAGGCACCAAACUCUGAGAGUACAAUGGUUGAUGUCGGUUUAAGCAAGAGUGUUGUUGUUGAUCAAGUGAUUAGUCCAGGAGUUAGAGUCACUGUAGCCAUGGGAACCGACCGCGAUUUAGAUUUGCUACGCCAGAUUGUUCCGCCCUCUAAGCCAAUGGAAGAAGCAGGAAUGUAUUGGGGAUACAAAGUACGAUAUGCAUCACACUUAAGUGCAGUAUUCAAUGAAUGCCCUUAUGAGGGUGGUUACGAUUAUUUGAUCGGUACCUCGGAGCACGGCCUAAAGAUUAGUUCAUCAGAGCUGAAAUUACCAACAUUUAGCCACCUAUUGAUUGCAUUUGGUGGACUCGCUGGGCUUGAAGAAAGUAUUGAAGAAGAUAAUCAGUAUAAGGGGAAAAACGUUCGAGAUGCGUUUAAUAUAUACUUGAAUACUUGUCCAAAUCAAGGAAGCCGAACCAUCCGAACAGAGGAAGCGAUGUUCAUAUCACUUCAGUACUUCCAAGAACCCAUCAACAGGGCGGUGAAAAGACUUGAAGCUUGAUAAAAGAGCCACAGAAGAAGAAGAAGAAGAAGCUAUUGUUCUCGUGGAUUUGGAGUUUUUUUGAAGAAGAGUGAUGCAAUGUAAUUUAUGUCGAGAAAACUUCUAUUUGAUGUUUUAGAAUCCGGAUCAAGCUUAUGUUUUCAUCAUACUACAUUAUCCCAAUUUUGGGUAUUAAAUUUUGUCUCCAGUGGUGGAAAAGUGUACUCAUCGUCUUUUAUGGAAAAUACAAAUCACAGAGCAAAAGGCUUUAAUCGUAAAAGUCUGAACUCGUUUCAGGGGAGAUUAACGAAAGCGGAAUUAAGUAAAUUGUUUGAUACAAACACGAUGCAUCCAAAUCCAGCUGCAAAUUUUCUGUAAGAAAUUUCUAUUUACAGUAGCGAUCGGCCUUCUUCUUGACACGAUCUUCAAGAGACUCUGCCACGGAUUUCGGAACGUAACCGAACUUCUUUGCCUCCACGGGAAAUAGCUCAUCGUACUUCUUCUUCGCCGCGGCGUCAAUAGAGUAAAUAUCGUCUCCAGCGGCGGCGGCGGUGGAACUGGCUGAACCGUCGGGAGCCAUCUUCUCGACCUCGACAUCGUCGAGCUUUUCCUUGUUCUUCUUGUGCUUCUUCUUCUUCUUUUCGAUCGACUUCCUCGUGGCUAGAUCACCUCCUUUGAACGCUAACCUUCCUCCUUUAACCCUCUCGUAAGGAUCCGACAUGGCUUUUACGAGCUUUAGAUUCAGCUUCUCACUCGGAUCGGAUCGAUUAGGGUUUACGAAUAAGCGAGUAUACAGAGUAACUUUACUUAGAAAGAUGAAUUGCUUACGUGAGUGGGCCUAAUAACUUACAAUAAAUGUAUCAUUGAGCUUCAAAAAGGCCGGCCCAAAAAACAAAUAAGGGUAAUUCUGUAAAAGCAUAUGAAAGAGGGGAUAUUUAGGGGAAAGUGCGUGCGUGUAUAGGGUUUCAUCGAACUUCUUCCCGUCUCG